AUGCUUCUAAAGAAGAACCUGGUUGUUGCUGGCUUGGCUUUGGUACAGGGAAGCCUUGCUUCGUUGCAAAUUGUUCCUGCUGCAACAUGGACAGCAUCUGGUACAAAUCAGCACGUUCAGGCUCAUGGUGGCGGAAUAAUCGAAGUUGACUCUGUCUACUACUGGAUCGGCGAGAACAAGCUAAACGGAAGUGCCUUCCAAUCCAUCAACUGUUAUUCCAGCACCAACUUGGUGGAAUGGAGCUUUGUUGGAGAGCUACUCUCUCUUCAAAGUAGCGGAGACCUUGGCCCGAAUCGAAUUGUCGAGCGCCCGAAGGUCAUUUAUAACGAGGCAACCUCCAAAUAUGUGAUGUGGAUGCACAUUGACGACAGCAGCUAUGCGGAAGCAAAGACUGGCGUUGCGACAGGUUCCAGUGUUUGUGGCAAGUAUAACUAUUUAGGUUCAUUCCAGCCCUUGGGCUUCCAGUCGCGCGAUAUGGGUCUUUUCAAAGAUGAUGAUGGGUCUGCAUAUCUAUUAACAGAGGAUCGGCCAAACGGGUUGAGAAUUGACCGGUUGACUGACGACUAUACCAACGUUACUUCCAACACGUACCUGUGGUCUGACCACAUUGAGGCUCCCGCUGUGUUCAAGCAGGAUGGCGUGUAUUUCAUGUUCGGAUCCCAGUUGACAGGGUGGUCUACAAACGAUAACAAGUACAGCACUGCUACGAGUCUGAGUGGCCCUUGGAGUUCUUGGGCCAAUUUCGCUCCCAGCGGCACGAACACCUAUGACUCCCAAACUACAUUCAUUUUGGGAGUGGGUAACAAUGUAAUGUACAUGGGUGAUCGAUGGCUGUCCACCAACCUCAUGGCAUCAACUUAUAUCUGGCUUCCAUUGACUUUGUCCGGAACAACCGCCUCCCUCACAAACGAAGAUAGUUGGAUCAUUUCCACCCAGCAGUCCUGGUCAACUUCCCCUACAGAAACCACUCCCGAAGCCGAGUCUUCCUCUAACACGCUGUCCAACGGUGCUGUAACCCUUACCUGCAGUGGCUGUUCAGGCAGUAAAUCAGUAGGAUACAUCGGAGGCUCCAGCGAUGGAACCCUCCAGUUUAACGGGGUCACCAGUAAUGCUACCACCAAGACUACAGUUCAAGUGAGAUAUGAGAAUGGUGAUUCAAGCCAGCGCUACGCUACAGUGACUGUGAAUGGAAACCCUCAGAUUCUGGCAUUUAUUCCCUCGACGAAUGGAAAUACGCCUUUCUCGUCGACGCUGAAUGUUGAGCUUAACGCGGGAAGUUCGAACGUUAUUACUAUCGCCGGGGCCACGACGAGCUCCGCCCGCCAACCUCCGUAUCUUCAGUCACUUGCUCCUCCAUCAUCAUCACUGCUCCUCCCUCGCCCUGGCCUUGCGAUUCAGUACCUUUCAAUCGGGCUGAAACAACUCUUCUCCUGCAGCGCUAUCGCAUAUCUCCCAUUCCGAAUACCUUCUCCCCGUACCGACGCCAAGAUGAAGCCCGUUGUGUCGGCGUUGAACGCCUGGUCUUGUGUCGUUAUUUCAGUCUUCGCAAUCGUUAUUCUCUCCGUCCUCGGCUCGCUAUACGGCAGCAAUCACCACUCUUUUACCGGCUCCGAAGAGGACCCUGAAGAUGGUCCUGCAGUUGCUGCCUCCAUCUAUGUCGCUGUGAUGGUCUAUGCUGUACGUCAUCUAGCACCCGAAUCCUACCCGGAGUUCGAGAUACCCCACGAGAGAGAGAACCUGUGCUAA